AUGAUAUCUCACUUUACCCAACCCGUCCUCAACCUUGCGCCCGAUGCGCUGCAAGAAAUCGACGGUGGCGACGCCGUUUCGAACCUUUGGAUAGUGUUCUCCCGGUGUAAAGACUCGCUCCAGGACGGCGAGAGGCUGGAGAACAUCUCCUGGCGACUGUGGUAUCGAGAACUCGCAUCCCACGACCCGUCCACGCACUACGGCAAGCUGCUUCACCGGGCCAACGAAGAACAACGCGUCUCAGGUUACCCAUUCCCGAGCUACGCGGACGACAAAGAUGGUAAAUCCCUCAUGACACAUCCGACGCUCCAUCCCCGCGCCCUAACCCCGGAUCUUUUCUUUCACGUAGUUCGGGGUAAUGAUUGCUGGGAACGUGUCCCCUCUCCUUCCGCACUUUCGGCGGUGUCGUCGGAAUCUGCCAGCUCCGUCGACGAUGCGGAUCCCCCUCGUCCGCCUGUGCGACGGUCAACCUCCACGUCGUCGGUGGGCAAGAUCAUCUGCGAUAUGCUCCCCGAGAAAGUCGUCUACACGCACAACGGGAGAUUGCGUUCGCCCUCGGUCGAGCCACAUGUAUCCAGGCCACGACUCACCGUUGUUCCGGAACCGGUCAUCAGCAAGCUUAGUUCGCCGCCGCCCGCAUCGACGACUACGAGCGCGAAUAACAGCGCCCCCGGUUCCCUCGCACCGAAAGUGGUCGUCGUCAAUCCCACUCCGCAUCCAACACCUCCGGCAACGCCGGUCCCCAUGAUGCCCCCGUCCGUUCUCACGGUACCGCCGCAUUCUCCUACGGAUAUGCUCCCUCCUCCUCGGAACGCGGCGCCUACCCCUCGUGCUAUGCCGCCACCCGCCACCGCGAGCCUCGAACCUGCGCUCGCCCCUGGUGUAACCGUCAUCGCGCGCCCCACACCCACGCCUGCCAAACCUUCGGACGCCAACAACGAUACGCUCAAGGCGUCUGAACGGCGCUUCUUCCUCAAGCAGAGCCCGGAGGACGAUUCGCCCGAUCGUCAAUCGGGCGACGCUCUCUCGCCGCGUGAUCCUCGCGGAGGCGGCUCUUCGGUCACGUCGGAAGGCACAUCGGUGACCGCCAGCUCGGACAGCCCAGCGGCGGAUGAAGAGCCGACGACCAAGGCGCCAUCGGCCCCUCCGAAGCGCGUGGCGUCUGCCACCACCGUGUCGUCCGGUAUCGGCGGUCACGCGCGCGGUCGCAAAGGGAAGGAACCAAUACGUGCAUUAACUUCGCAACGUCGUCCCGUUCCUCAGCGCCCGGGCCCUAUCCGACGUGCGACUACGGAUGUCAAGACGAAGGAGAAGGAGAAGGAGAAAGAGGCCAAUGACAAGCCUAAGCCGCACGCCGCCUUCAAGAUCGGUUCGACGUCGUCCAAUGGCUCCAAGUCUCGUACGGCCGCGAAGAUGAAGCUCACGAGCGUGCCCAAGGCCGACGUCGCCAAGGGUAAAGGCAAGGCCAAAUCGGCAACCGCCCAGCGCGCCGCUGAGAUCGUAGGCAAGCGCGGCAUCGUGGUCGACAGCUGGUCGGACACGGAGACGGAGACGGACGACGACUCGGACUGGGCCUCGGAGGAUGUGUCGGAUGCCGGCCCCUCCAAGAAAAGUCAGAAUAACAAGAAGAGCGGGCCGCAGAAACGGACGAAGGAGGAGCUGGAGGCGAUCCGUCUGCGUGAAGCCGCGGAGGAAGCGCAGCGGCAACGCGACCUGUUCGCGAAGCUGCCGAAGAGGAGCUAUUCGAACCUGAACCGGACGGGCAGCGGCCUCCUCAGCAUGCUCUUCCAUCCCGAAACGGCCCUCGCUCCCGGCAACCCGUAUGCCCGCGCCGGCUUCUCGAGCGAUGACGUCGUCGGUAUGCGGCCUCCGCAGCAGCCAGAAAAGCCGUCACGUGGCGAGCAGCAGCAGCAGCAGCAGCAGCAGCAGCAGCAGGCGCCGCCUCGAAGGCAGGCCAGUGCUGGUCCGUUGGGCCCUAUGGCGCGGCUGGGCAUGGGCAUGACCUCGAUGAAGCCCCCGCCACCGGACCCGCCGCGCGCUCAGGUCCAAGUCAGCGGUGCACCUGGCACCAGCCUGCUGAAGACGAGCAAGAGUGCCGCCGCUCUGCCGACGGUCACCGCGACGCCAGCCCCCGCCCAGCUCAACGCGACGGCACAAAAAUCGGGCUACAGGCCCAAGGGCCGACCGGAAGAGCUCGAGAUGGAGGACGACUCGGACAGUGCCGAAGAAACCGGCGGGAUAUCCAAGAGUUUGGCCCAGCGCAAACUGGAGGAGCUCGCGAACGGCAGGAGAAGGGAGAAAGCGAGGGAGGAACCCCCGCCUCCCGAGAUACGUCCAGCCUUCGAGCCCCCCGUUCAGCAACACACUAUGUAUCGCUCCCAGACUCAGCCUGCCGCGCCCCGUUCGACCGUCGCCCCGACCCCUGUCCCGUUACCUGCCGGUCACCCGUAUAACCUGCCAACCCCUGCUGCUCCGACUACCCCGCGAACGACGCGUCGACAGAUGCUCGCCACCGAGCUCAGCGAGUCUCUCCGCCGGAAUCUCCUAUGGGAGAGACAGGUCAGCAUGAUCAAUAUGGUCGGCCCCCGGAAGCGACCCAACGCCCUCGGUGGCGGCCUGCGACCGUUGACGACCACGAAUGGCGAUAACGAGGCUGGUGGAAGUGGGUCUGACCCGCAAGAGGAGGCGAGGAAGCAAGCAUUGGCGAGGAACAAGAGCUGGGCCGACGACUACCACUACGCUGGGUGGUGA